GCGGAAGUUCCAAUCUUGCUCGUCUGGUUUUACUUGGACUGCCCUUUGAUACUGGGCCUAUUUGGGCUUCGUAGCGAAUGGGCGAUAGAAUUUGAAUGUUGGCCGAACGGUUCAGCCCGGACCCGUAGGAGAGACACGUCGACGGCACAAAAUCGUUGGAAGAGCAGACCUAUGGAAGAAAUCAAGACGUUCAAGAAAAGACCAUUUCCCCUAUCUAACAACCUGGCGAAUUAGUUCCGGAGAGCCAUAGACGGCGAACCCUCGGCGGAGAAUAAGUAGAAAAGCCGGCGAACGGGUAAUUCAAUCGGGAAAUCAAACUCUACAGAGGGACGGAGAGAGAGGGAGAUAGAGCCUGUUGUUGUUGCUGGGCGCAUGGAGACCGCACAGCAGCCCAGCGGCGGAGGAGCCCUAGCUGGAGAUGAUCUCGCGUCCCUGUCGUCGUCCCCCGCAGCCGUCGUCUCGCAGUGGACGUUCGCCGUCACGCGGCGGUACCAGCACAUGCUGGACAAGACGGUGCCGCACAUCUGGUACCGGUGGAUCGGAUGCUUCCUGGCCGCUCUAAUCUACGGAUUGCGUGUCUACUUCGUUCAGGGUUUCUACAUCGUUACCUACGGCCUUGGAAUCUAUAUGCUCAACCUGUUGAUUGGAUUCCUCUCGCCGCAGAUUGAUCCGGAGGUCAGCGACGGGCCCUCGCUCCCCACGCGCGGAUCCGAUGAGUUCCGUCCCUUCGUCCGACGCCUCCCCGAGUUCAAGUUCUGGGUACUCUAUUACCAAGGCUUUCUGCAUUGCGUUUUUCAUGACAUUCUUCGCUGUGUUUGAUGUGCCUGUGUUCUGGCCUAUACUUCUAUUCUACUGGAUCGUGCUGUUUGUCCUCACAAUGAGAAGACAGAUUAUGCAUAUGGUCAAAUACAAAUAUGUUCCUUUUUCUUUCGGCAAGCAGCGAUAUGAUGGAAAGAAGACACCAUCAAGUGAUAACCUCACCAGGGAUUGAAUGCCUCAGGUUGAGAAUCUAGAUGGGGAAAAGGUGGGGUUUGUUCCUAAUCCUAGGCAUUGAUCGAGGGGUCUAAUUUUGUUUCCCUCAUUUGAUUUUAAUUUUCUGUUUCAUUUAUGUAUACUCGUUGAUAUGGCACCACUGUGAAUCUUUAUAUAUCUAUACUAGUUAGAGAAGCAUAAGGUGAAUUCUCUAAAGUCAGAUUCGGCAUCCUUGUUAAUCGUAAUGUGAUUGAUUUACCCAGUUGAUGAACUUAAGAGUUAAGAUGUAAAGAAUCUUUAGUAUUUGUUAUAUUCAGGAUGGCUCUUUUCAGAGUUUUUAGAUCAGAAAGCAGCACCGAUUUGUAGGAUAGUUGUUUCAAAGCAUGGUUGAAUUGAGCUGAUUCAGCAGCAAACAUUUGUUUUCAAUUUGGUUUGCAUAUAUAAGUCCCAGCCUUGCAUUUCCUUUAUACUAAGACAAUGUAGGUUCUGCUUUCUGUAUACUGAGAAAAAGAGGAGAAAGAUAAGGUAGAGGUAGGGAUUGCAUUCGAGUGUAAUUCUCGUGUCAUACAUACAAUCAUUAUUUAGAGUUAAUACAAUGGAAUUUAGG